GGUGAGUUUCAAAUAACUGUUGUAAAACUGACAAUAUCCUGAAAACAUCUGAUCUGUUUUGAAAGUACAGUGGUUAAAAUGGACAUGUUUCUGUGUGUGUUUAAUAUGUGUAUUAUUCUGAAGAACAAAAAAUUAAUCUGAAGAUUUCACACACUGAGAGAUUUUUUCACACACAGUGUUCCAGGGCCUGACUUCCAGCACACAGACUGUGGAGCCAACUAUGUUAGUUCCAAAGAGCGUAACAAACCAUUCUGCUAUUAUUCACCCUCCAGGUUUCUACAUCAUUGGAUUUAAAAGUUUUUCCUACAUCAGUGCCUACAUCUUCUUCCUGGUGUUUGUCUAUCUGGUUACAGUUGUCUUUAAUGGUUUACUCAUGUACAUAAUUGCCAUGGACAACAAACUACACACUCCUAAAUUUCUGGCUGUGGUCAACCUGGCAGUGAUUGAUGCCUUGUUGAACACAAGCACAAUCCCUGGUAUGGUUAAGACUUUUGUCCUAAAUGAUAAUUUUGUUCCUUUCAACCUGUGUCUUGUACAAAUGUUUAUUCACUACUCAUGUAUAUGUUUGGAGUCUUAUGCACUUGCUAUACUGGCCUACGAUCGGGUGAUUGCGAUAUCUUUCCCUUUUCGCCAGAAUGUUCUUAACACACGGCCAAUCAUGUUUACUAUUAUAGGUUUAACCUGGUGUUACAGUGUGGGCUUGUUAGCAUACAGCACCAUAAUCAUGACUCGCCUGUCUUUCUGCAGGUCUGUCACAGUGUUCAGUUAUUUCUGUGACUAUGCCCACCCCCCAGCCCCCAGAUGGACGGCACAUUAUAGUAACAUGUGUUUGUUGCAUUUCAGCAACAUUUCAGAUAAUUUAGCUUCUAUCAAGAACUGGACUUGGGUCCUGACAUUUUAGCAUACACACCA